CUCUCCCUCUCCCUCUCCCUCUCGUCGCGUCGUCGUCGUCGUCCUCCCCGCAGCGCCACCACCACCACCUCCUCCCCUCGCGCUCUCGCCGCCGUCGCCAUGGGCCUCCUCAACAACUCCCUCCAGCUCCAAGGUCGGUUGCGCCACGCGGCGGUGGCUGCAGCGGCGGCGGAGGCGGCGGUGGGGCGGCGCGGGGUGGCGACUGCGACGGACGAGUACUUGCGCCGGAACUACGCCAACAACAUCUCCGAGUACAACACCGUCUUCGGGGCCCUCACCGCGCAGCGCAGGCACUACCUGUUGCGUGAUGCUUACGAUGACAUGAUACUUGACGGGGUGCAGCCUGUGCGGGACACAUUCCACAAUCUCAUAGUCGGUUCCAUGAAAGGCAGCCGGUUACAAGAUGCAUUCUACUUCCGUGAUCAGAUGAAAGAAAUGGGUUUGCAGCCUGAUGUUAACCUUUACAACUUCUUGAUCUCCGCUUGCGGGAAAUGCAAGAACUCAGAUGCAGCGAUCAUGCUUUUAGAAGAAAUGAGGGCACAUGGCAUUAAGUUGAAAGGUGAAACAUACAUUUGUCUUUUGAAUUCACUUGCAGCAACAGGGCGUACAGAUCAAGUUUAUGCUAUAAUUCGUGAUAUGACUGCUGCUGGACUUGGAUUAAACAAGUUUUGCUAUGCUGGACUAAUAACCGCAUUCAAGAACAAGGAACCAACCAGUGAGGACACUAUGACAAAAAUUCUCGAGUUUGUCCAGCAGUCAAAAGGUUGGAAAAAUGUUGAAAGGAUAUCAAAAGAUAGCUCUGAAAAUAUAAUGAUGAAUGUGUCAGAGGAAGAACUUUACAAUCUGCCAACAGCAGAAUAUGUACACAGACGAGCAUUUAUUUUUAAACAGAUGACAAUUUAUCAUGUUGCUAUCCAUGCUUGUGCAGACCUGAAGAACAAAGAGACACUUGAAGUACUUCUUGACAUGCUUACUAAAGAUAAUUAUACUUAUGAUGCCUUCAUUGUGAUGCAAGCUAUGAGGUGUUAUCUUCGAUGUGGAGAUAUUGAUUCUGCCGUUAAGAUUUUUGAAGAGUACGCAAGCUCAAAAUCUCCACCCGCAGAGUUGUAUGUGACACUUGCUGAAGGAGCUAUGAUUGGGCAUACUCCAAGAGGAAUGCAACUUGCUCAAGAAACCAUAGAGAAGAUGACUUCAAGAAAUUUCUUCUUGAACCCCAGGAUGGGAACUGAUCUUCUACUUGCAGCUUCAGGUGAAAAGACUGGUGGAUAUACAACUGCAAAUUAUGUCUGGGAUCUCAUGCAAAACCGCAAAAUUGCUCCAUCACUUCCUGCUGUGGAAGCAUACUACAAGGGUUUGAAGGAACGUGAAAUUCCUUCUGAUGAUCCACGGCUUCUGAAUGUUAGCCGUGUUUUGGACAAUCUGAACAUCCGCUUUGGACCAAGGAGGAAUACUAACGCACAGGCAUAAUGCUGCCGUCACUAAUCCAAUGCAAGUUAGAUUUUGUGUUAAUAAGGCUGCUGGAUACAUCACAUGUUUAAACUCUAGAGGAUCAACGAACUAUGCUAGGAUGGCGCGAAGCAAAAAUGUACCAUCAGAGCUAGAGGAAUGAGAAGGAAUAGGGAACACAACCUGGAGGAUUUUCAUCCGCCAUUUCUUAAAAUCUGAUUCUCAUUUUUUUUUAUUUUUGUUGCAUUCCUUUGUAAACUUACUGUCGUCGGAAUGUUAUUUAUCAAACUUUGCUAUUUAGAGAGUUGUUCGUUCAA